AAUGUCUAUUUAGGUGUUAUGCCCAUUUUUAAUCUUUAAUCCACUGAGCAAGGCCAGGAAUCAAACCAGCAUCCUCACAAAGAGUUUUAUAGGUUUCAAAAUGUAUCAAAAUGUAGGUACCUUUUAUAGGUAUCAAAAUGUAAUAUAUUUUGAUAAAGUUGUUGAUUUAUAAUCUGAAAAUAUUUUUCCAAAGUGUUAAUAUUAGUUAUCGCUAGAUUAUGAUAUCAUGCAGAUUUUUUCUGAUUAAUUUUUGGAAUAGUUUUAUUUAUUCACAUAAAAGGUAAAUGCAAAAGAAAAUCUGGGCUCUUUGAUCUUCAGAGUGAUUUGGAUGAUACAAAUACAAGUAAAAAUUAUUUAGAAUUGUGCCUUAUCUCAUUAUUGUCUGUGCUCCAAUCCCUAAGCUGUUCCUUCUGCUUUCCCUUGUGGCUCCUACUCCUCAGAGCUGCAUGUUUUAGGCUUUUUGCCAGCAUUAUGACACAAAAGAUUCCAUGGCGAUUUUACUGACCCUGGAUCUCCAAGCACCCUUUCGUUGGUUCAUUAAGUUGUAAGUAUGCUAGGUAAAGCAAACACCAACCUUAUUAAUGUAUCAACCUCUCUCUGCCCAGGAAGUCAGAAUACCAAGAUCUCCAAAACCUGAGAGAAUUCUUGGUAAUUCUCAGUCUCAGAGCUGUUUCAAAGUAUUUCUUAGACUUGUAAUAGCCACUGUGUAUGAGGAAAAUUUUAUAGAAUUAGGUGAUGAAAAAUAGAAUUACACAUUCCAAACUGAACGUGAAUAUAGAGUGAGAUUAUGAGCAAUAGAGACCAUAAAUGCACAAAUAAAGGUUAUCUUUAAGAAGUAAUAUUGCUAAACCACCACUUGAAGUUAUGACUGACUGGCCAAAAAGUAAGUACAUGGACGUCUUUAUUUUCAUUGUCCUUUGUAAGAAACAGUCAUAAAUUCCUAUGUUAAAAAAUGCAUAAUAUCCAUCUUUACCAAAUCAAAGCUGCUAAUGCAAAUUUUGACAUUUUGUAAUGGAAUUGAAUAUUAUGUUAGAUGUCAUUUCAAAAAAUAAUUACCUUUGAAUAGAUAAAAACCAUGGGACAGGUUGAUUUUAAAGCAUUAGUUAGUACAGUAUAGUUUGAGAAAUAUCAAGACAGUAUACACCUACCUUAUUUUCAGUCACAACUUAACAAAAACAAAAAAUACAAAUAGACAUGGACACAUACACACAAAUGAGGUCAUCACUCCCAUGUAAAACAAGGUCAUACAGACUCAUCAUUUAUCAUCUCAUUUGGCAUCCCUCCCUUCACUACAAAUUCUGGUUCUUGGGGAAGUCAAAAUAAACAGAAAUGAAUGCACCGCAUCCUAAGUUUAACAUCCUUAAUGUGUAAUAUCAAGGAGAAGCUGAGUUUCAUGGAUGAACCUCAUUAAUUUUGAAAAAUAAGCCAUGUUACUUCCGGAACACUGAAAACACACUGCAGUGUGAAAGUCUGAGUUCAGGGUCACAGUGAUGCCCUAAGUGCCCAUGACUAGGACAAGAAGAAGAAGUUGAGCUGUGGAGUGUUUUUCACAACAUCCCAGAUUCACUUCCUAUGGUUGUACCCUGGGUUGCCCCUAAUUUGAGGGAAGCUUUCAGUCCUCAAGCAAAGAAAAACCAAAACCAUUUCCUUCUUCAUAGUAGUAUCUGCAAACCCUGGAGCUUUACUGAGGACACGAUUUGUAUGUGUGUGAAAGUUGAGCCUGCUACAUGUCAGUAGGAAGAGUAUAUUUUAAAGGAAGACUAUAAAAUACAUAAUGACAUAAAAUAAUUUCCAUUCUGUGGGGAGACUUUCCUAAUUGUUCAGUGACAUAGAGAAAUCCAAGCCCAGGAGGCACCGAAUGAAGGCUGAAAAUAAUUGAAGGUGAUGUCUCUGUAAUUAAUUGGUGAAAGCCAAGGAAAAACCUUUAGAAAAUUCUCUCAGAAUCACAAGGUAUUUGACCACUAGCUUAUAUAACUCAUGGCUAGAAAUACUAAGCCAAAAGUAUUAUGGACAAAGACAAAACUAUCUCGUUGGAAGACAAGGCAAGAAUGAAGAUAUAGUUAAUACUUAUAUCCACAAUGAAGAUACUACUCGAGACAAGAUGUUCACUUCAAGACAGUCAAGCCAGUUUUUUGUUUUUUUGUUUUUUGAGUUUUUUUUGGGGGGGGGGGCAUUUCUAGCCAUUGCUGAGUCCUCAUUUUGUCUUCAUCGCACUCUUUUCAAGUGUCUCUGAAUUCUUUCUGCAGAUUGGGCAGAAAGCAAGAAUCCAUGAUGAGAAACCACACAAUAACAACAUUCAUCCUUCUGGGACUGACUGAUGACCCACGAAUGAAAGUUCUGAUUUUCAUCUUCCUUUUCUUUACCUACAUGUUGAGUGCAGCUGGGAAUCUGACCAUUAUCUCCCUCACCUUCAUAGAUUGCCGUCUUAGGACAGCCAUGUACUUUUUUCUCCAAAAUUUCUCUUUCUUGGAAAUCUCAUUCACAACGGCUUGUAUUCCCAGAUUUUUGUACAACAUAGCAACAGGUGACAAAAUCAUUACUUAUGCUGCUUGUGCUGCUCAAAUAUUUUUUACUUACCUUUUUGGGAUAACGGAAUUUUUUCUUCUGGCCACCAUGUCCUUUGACCGCUAUGUAGCCAUCUGCAAACCCUUGCACUAUGUAACCAUCAUGAACAACAGAGUCUGCAAUAGGUUAAUCAUCAGCUGUUGGAUGGCUGGUUUGUGCAUCAUAAUCCCCCCACUAAGCCUGGGCCUCAAUCUGGAAUUCUGUGACUCUAACGUCAUCGACCAUUUUUUCUGUGAUGCCACUCCUCUGCUAAAGAUAUCGUGCUCAGACACACAGUUCAUAGAAAGAAUGAUUUUAGUGUGUGCUGUGCUGACAUUCAUCAUGACCCUUGUGUGUGUAGUUCUGUCCUACGUUUAUAUCAUCAUGACAAUUCUAAGAUUCUCUUCCUCUCAGCAAAGGAAAAAAGCCUUUUCGACCUGUUCUUCCCACAUGAUUGUGGUUUCCAUCACUUAUGGCAGCUGUAUAUUCAUCUACAUCAAACCUUCAGCCAAGAAAGAGGUGGCUCUUAAUAAAGGAGUUUCCCUGCUCAUUUCUUCUAUUUCACCCACGUUGAACCCUUUUAUUUAUACCCUGAGAAACGAGCAAGUGAAGAAAGCCUUGAAUGACUUGAUCAAAAGGAUUACGUUCUUCUUCAAAAAGUAAGAAAAAAGGUACUUGAUUCAUCAUGAUGAAAGCAUGAAUAUUCCUUCAAAUUUCUGGUAAAAUUCUAAUCAUGCUAGAGUUUUUGAUAAUCUCUUUUCCAGUUUUAUUAACAUUUUGCAACUUCUUUAACUUUACUGAUGGGGAACUAUUACCAUUUGACUCUUCUCUUCCAUAUCUAUUUAACAAUUCCAUCCACAUGGAUAUGUUUGUAAUAAAAUUUGAGUUAAAAGUUAUAAAUGAGGUGUAACACAGUAAUAAAAAGCACAAGUUUUUGUAAGAAUAUAAUUCCAGAACUAAGAAAAAUACGAUUGAUUAAAAUACUGUAAAAAUUCUAACCAGAGAAAAUGUCUGAGAAAUUGUCAGUACAAUUUAAUAACGAUCAUUUUCAGUGUUUUGCUAUUUUAUAGCAAAUAACAGAAAUCUGUAGGUGAGAGAGAAAAAAAGUACAUUGAAAACAAAACAGCUUAAGCCUGACACUAGGUGUGGCAUAAACUGGAGUAGAGUGAAAAAAGAUGCUUUAAAAUGUACACAACAGAAUGAAUUUAAAUACCACAAAGAAAUGGAAUAUAAGAUCUCAAUAGUCACAUGAUGAAAAAAUUUAGAAAGGGCACAAUAAAGUAAAACUAUGAUUAAUGAACUGAUACACAUUCAAUGGAAUAGAGAUUUAUAAUACAAUCCACCCAACCACAAAUUCAGAUAAGUUUGAAUAUUUUUGUCCACCAGCUUAAAAAAAAGAAAAGAAGAGAAACAGAUUCCCUAACAUAACUUAAUCCUGAUUGUAGACGCCUGCAAGUGGAGUUUUUAAAGUCUACAAAUCAGACAUAAAAUUCAAAAUAUAAAUAUUUAAAAUAAACCCUUUAAAAUUAAGUGCACAAUACCAAUUAAAAAUCAAAUAAAAAUUUGAGGCUGAAAUUACAGCAUAUCUAACAAGCCAUAACACACUAAAAAUCUGUACUUAAAGCACACAUAUUUAUAAAAAUCUGUAGUAUAAAGUACAUUUGUGUAUAUAAAUUUUUACUUGAGAGUAGAUUAAAAAUGAAGGGACUCAUACUCAUCCUAAACAAUUCUAAAAAUAACAAAAUGAA